AUGCACUUCCAGCCCAGGCCAGUCACCCACGACGACCACAACUGCGGCGACCAUCCACUCGAUUUCGUGCCAGAGGUCAAGCCCUCCGACACCAAUCCCGACAACCACUUUGCCCUUGCUUCCAUCGGGCUCUAUAUCGCCUCGCAACUCCCCACCCCUGGUGCUCCCCGUAACUACAAGCAGGCCAUGAGGACUCCUGAGGCGCCACUCUGGCAAGAGGCGUACGACAAGGAGAUCUCUCAGCUGCGCGAAAGGGGCACUUGGAGGGAAUGCGUCACCCCGCCAGGAGCACGCCUCAUUCCCUCCGUGACGGUCUGCAAGGAAAAGAAGGACAAGGAUGGCAACGUUAUCGGGCGCAAGAUGCGCAUCUGCGCCAUGGGAUCUCGUCAAGUACAGGGCCGCGACUACACGGACAGCUACGCCUCCGUAUGUGACGCCUCAGUGCUCCGGGGCAUGAUGGCAUUCGCAGCCCACCACGACAUGGAACUCGAACAUGCCGACGCCGUCGCUGCCUUCCUCAACCCCGAUCUCGACCAACCCGUAUACAUGCGCUUCCCGGCCGGGUACAAGCCCCUUGACCCCAACGCCGACUGCCUCCAGGUCGUGAAGGGUCUCUACGGUCUUCCCCAGAGCGGCAACUUGUGGCAGGAAAUGGCCACCAAGGCGCUCGUCUCCCUCCAGUUCUCGCCAAUUCCCCAGUCGGACUGCCUGUUUCAGCGUGAUGUCGGCACUCCUACACAGCUGCGAGUCGCCCUUUACGUCGACGACAUGCUGGGCGCAGGCAAGACGCAUGCCCUGCUCGACCAAUUCUGGGACAAGCUGAACGAGAAGUUCGCGAUUGUCAAACUAGGCCCGGUCGACCACCUCUUGGGCAUGACUAUCCAGCGCAAUCGCCUCACUCGCACUCUUUUCAUCACACAGGCACCAUACGUGAAAGAGGUGUUGGCUCGCUUCCCCCACUUCGACAAGACCGUCGGCAAGCACACGCCCAUGCCGCCCUCGGUCGACCCGCACAAGCCCAGCGCAGUCAUCACCGAUCCUACUCGCCAGACCGAAUACAAGGCGAUCGUCGGUAGCCUUCAAUGGGUCGCUGUCAUUAGCCGACCGGACAUCGCCUACACGGCAGCCUGGCUUGGCCGCUACGGCAGCAAGCCGACGGAGCACCACAUGACCUUGGCUCUCCACUGCCUGUCCUUCCUCCACCACACGGUCAACUGGGGUUACCUCCUCGGCGGCACCGGCUCCAUCUCUCACCUCCGGGCGUUCAGCGACUCGUCCUAUGCCUGCGACAAGUCCGGAUCGCGCCAAUCCACCACAGGCUCCGUUAUCAUGCUCGGCGACUCCCUCGUCGACUGGAAGAGCAAACGGCAGCGCUGCGUCACCAAGUCUACAGGAGAGGCCGAGUAUGUCGCAGGAUCUGAGACCGCCGCCGACGUGUCCUAUUGGCAGCAGCUCCUUAUUUCGUUCGCUCAUCCUACCUCUCUCCCUUCCACACUCUACAUUGACAACAACUCCGCUGUCUGCAUGGCCACCAACGGCAAGAUAAGCCGUGCUGCCCGCCACAUCGACGUGGCAUAUCACUUCCUCAAGCAGUUCGUGCGAUCAGGGAAGCUCAAAGUGCAACAAAUCAGCACCAAGGACCAGAUCGCCGACCUCUUCACGAAGCCCCUCUCACCGCAGCUGCACGACAUGCAUCGCAAGCGCCUUCGCAUCGGCCCCAUCGAUGAGCUCGAGAAGCUCUCAUCCCCAAGCUCCGCCUCGUCCCCAUGA